CCCAACAUCACCGAGGCUCACUCACUCUCUGCCUCUCUCUGAGUGUGAGGCUGCCUCUCUCUCUCUUCUUUCUCUCUCUCUGUCUUUCCCUCUCUCACUGUGGACUCUAGGGGAACGGGAUUCUCUCACCAAAAGUACAAAGACCUCAGAGCAGCAGGCAGUCGCUCAGAGAGAGGAAAGGACGGUGGUUGGAUAUUUACCAAAAACGCGUAAAUCUUCAUGUCAAGUCUCACACGGAGAAAUGGAGCACAGAAAGUGUAGUUUAUUCUAACCGUCUGAGGACUCAUCCUUAAUUAAGUCAGGGUCUUAUUUUUGCUUUCAAUCAGUCUGUAAGGAUGAACUUGCAGUGGAGCAGCCCGGCACCUUGCAUCCGCACCGCGAGAGUCGCGCACAAGCGGCUGGACUCAGACGACCAGCCGCCGGCCAAAUGCGCCAGGCUGAGCGCCGAAGCUGGGGACACACAGGGACUCCUUCUCGGAACCUCACCCGGAUCCCCGGUCAGCCCACAGCUCCCAAACCCGGUCACCGGGACUCACCAGGGUCCGUCCAGGAUAGGACCGUUUCUGCUUCUACCUCUGGCGGACAGAGAGAGCAUGCACAGCGCGAUGAACACCGACACAGGCGAUGAGCUGCUGUGCAAGGUCUUUAAAAUGGGGGUGUACCAGGAGAAGAUCAGACCCUAUGGGAUCCUACCAGCCCACAAGAAUGUGGCCGGCAUCAGGGACAUCAUCCUGGGCGAACGCAAGGCCUACGUGUUCUUGGACAAGGACUUUGGAGACAUGCACACCCUUGUGAAGAGCUGUCGCAGGCUGGAUGAAGAACACGCCUGCAGGCUCUUCAGGCAGGUGGCUUCGUCUGUGGCACACUGCCACCAGAAUGGCAUCGUGCUGGGUGACCUCAAGCUGAGAAAGUUUGUCUUCAGUGAUGAAAAAAGAACACGAGUGAGACUAGAGAGCCUAGAGGACUGCCGCGUCCUCGAAGACCCAAAUGACGACUCCAUGUCAGACACCCAUGGCUGCCCCGCCUACGUCAGCCCGGAGAUCCUCAGCAGCUCCGCGCCUUACUCUGGCAAAAUGGCCGACAUGUGGAGCCUGGGAGUAAUGCUGUAUACCAUGCUGGUUGGCCGCUACCCAUUCCACGACCCAGACCCGGCCACGCUGUUUUCAAAAAUCCGCAGAGGCCAGUGCUGCCUGCCAGAGGGCCUGUCGCCCAAGGCCAAAUGUCUGCUCCAGAGCCUGCUGAGGAAAGAACCCUGGGAGAGACUCACGGCGGCCGAGCUGCUUGCUCACCCGUGGUUCCACCAGCCGCCAUCAUCGCAGGAAGUGGCGCUGGGUGAACAGGAAGUGAGCUCGGCAGAACAGAUGGUGCCGUCCUUUGACGUGGAAGAGGACGAUGAUCUGUUCUGCUGACGGACCUGAAUCAGCUGAGUCUGGCUGAGGGACCAAAACAAAAAAUGUUAUGAGGGAUUCAUCCUUUUUUUUAACAUUGGCACUUUUAAGGAACCCAUUUGUGUACUGUUGAGUGUACAUACACCCUCAAGCUUUCUACAAAUCCUACUGUACUGUAUUUGUUGUCGUAUAUGUGUUACUCGCUAAGGGCAUUCUUCACAAUGAUCGAUCAUUGUGUCUCUAUAUGUGUGUUUUUAAUUAUUUGGUGCUAAAAGACAAAGACUCAGAAUUUGCCAGAUCAUGUUAACAGAUACGUAGUCUGCAGGCUUCUAUGAAUACUCGUGGCAUACAGUAGUAACAUUUCAGCCUCUUUAGAAAGUGUUAAAAGACUCCUGAACAGGCGGGGGCAGACAGGGAUGUAGUUCCUCUCACUCUCCUACCAGGCCACGGGCCUCACCGGCUGACUCACCGGCACACGGGGCUCAAGGAAGGCCGAGCACAAGCUCAGAGUCUGGCAGCAGGCGGUGUCAUCAGAGUGAGAAAGAUGGUUAGCAGAGGACUGAUGUGUCACACUCAGCAGGGACGCUACCAAGAUGUUUCACUGCCAAUCUGGCAACUACUCAGCAUUUACAAAUCACACAGCAUGCACAGAAGCUCUGAGAAAGGCAGGGUGUUACUGGUGUAAGACUCACAGAGGAGAGUUUGUCACACGCACACUCAACAAUAAGCUGUGACAAUGAAAUGAGUCUGUGUUUAAAGGCUGGAUCAGACUGCACACAUUUAGAUGGAUUUUUACAAUGCCAUCAGCACCCAUGGUCAAACAUCAGGAACAACAAAUGCCCCUGUAGUCUAACAUAAUCAACUUUACCUCCAGGAUGACCCCAAUUCAACUAGACUGGCAUGUCAGGAUAUUUUUGACACCCUGACCUGACGUCCAUGACAUGUAACCAACAUUUCACACCAGGGUUAGAAUUUAACUUUUUAAUCUAUUUGCCACUGUUGCUGCUGAAUUAGAAAAACUACCAGCCACAAACUAUUUUUGUUAUUUUAGGAAGCACCAGUAUUUGAUAAGAGAGAGUUGGUGCAUAAAUUAUCCAAACUCUUACUCAUUUUAGACCUAUUUUUAACCAGUUUGUCCUGCACUUGACCAUGCAAACAUUUGCUGUGCUUCCCAAGGGAGCACUUUAAAUUCAGAGGGAUUUUCUUGCAUCAUCAGUGUCAGAGUCGCUACACUCUUACUUUUGGAUAUCAUUGUAAAAAUUUGUGUCUAAUGCAGACAUGCUGCCUGAUGCAGGAAUGGCAGCUAUGCUUUUACAGGCACCUGGCAUGCUUUCUCAGGCCUGAUCAAGCUCAUUGCAUACUGGGACCCACAGGACCCAGUUGGCAGGUCUAGAUGCCGGGGAUUGCCAUGUGCAUCAUGGAGUUGUCAAUUGGGAAGAUACCUGGAGAGAUGGGGUAUGGGUCUGGAGAGUGGCUAUCAGGAGGCCAGAGCAGCACAGGACCAAAGUUGAAGCAACAAAGUGCCGAACAGGCAUCUGCUCCCACACUUGGCCUGACUCGCUAGAAUUUGAUAUUUUGUGCACAGUUUCUGCAGUCACAAGCCAAAUAUUCAGGCUGGGGUUUGAAUUAUGUCGUUUACUGUAAAAUCACUUUUAGGUCAGGCUUCUUUAUUUACCUGCCCCAGCGGCUGGUAAGUUGAGAAAAUUCCCUUGACACUGCUCAAACGUAGCUGCAUUUUGCUUGUGUUGGGUGCUAAUUUCCCAUUCAUAAUGGUGUUUAACUUGGCUAACUGGGUUAGUUUUUUGAUAUGCGUCACAAUCAUACCUCAAGUUCUAUUUGAAGGAUCGUUGAUCCAUUUUGUCCUCCUCUUGAUACAUAGGGACGAGUCUGCAAUCGUUCCUUCUGCUUUCGCUGGAAUCACACACAGCCUUUCUGUUGUAGCCUCACUGACACUCCUUGAUCCACCUCCUGAUGACCUUCGUUCUCAUGCAGAGCUGCAAAGACUUUAAAUAGCAUCAUGAGGAAAGUGUACAAUGACUGGUCUGGAUCACACUUGUGUUGCUGGCCUGUCGACAGAAAGGGGCAAAGUUUUUGUCGCGUGGUCUGACAGUGCCAUUUCAAAAGACAAAAAAAAUUGUGCAGUCCGAUCCAUCCUUUAGGCUGAUAGAGAAAAGUGCAUUUCCAAGAUGUUCUCACUUUUACAGUUAAUUCUAGAAACUAAAAACAUACUAGAAAACUUUGGUUCUCAACUGGUGGGUCAGGACCCAAAAUUGGGUCAUGAAGCCAUUUUCAGUGGGUCACAGAUGUGUGCCUUGGAACAAAAUGUGUGGCAACAAGUCUAUGUUGUGCUUUUAUUUUGAAGGAAAUAUCUUCAUCUCUUUGUUCUGUUACAUUUUUUGUUCCAUUGCAUGUCCAAACUGCCCAAUAUUUCUUUAAAGAUAUUUCAGCCACAAACACUCUCGUCAUACAUUGUACCAUUUCAUUGCAAAAUGGAUCUACAUUUUUACUUGGUGGAAAAGGUCUGCUCUAAAGGUGAUCCCUGGGUUAGACAAGCAGCAUGCUUUGACUUCUCAGGGAGUGCAUUGCUAGAAACCCCUCUAUAAUAGAUACAUUAAUGACAAUGCAUACUGAAUACAAUAAAAUGAAUUCAAAGCAAUUAAUCCAUAGUAGCAUUAAUCACAAUAUAAUGGUGCAACAAGCUUUAUGCUAUAAAGGAGGAGGCUGGGAUGGAGGAGGUGAACUUUUCCAGCCGCAGAAUUAAUACAAGCAGGGAUUAGUGAGAAGUGUGUCAUAUUAAGAUACACAGCUGUGUUGAGAGGAAGAGCUGUGAUUGGCUGUGGGAGCUGGGAGGCAAUAAUUGGGAUCAGCUGGCCGUCAGCUGAUCACGGCUUGGUGUAUGACUAAUGUGUCAUGCAUAAACUAACACUGAGUUUCAUUGGUUAUGACAGAAAAAUUAAUAAAUUUGGGUCACAAUUUGUGAUUGAGGAGGUUGUGGUGGGUCCUGAUGUGACACCAGUUGAGAACCACUGCUAUAAACCAUAUAUUUUAUGAAAGAUGUCUUUAAUAAUCUGUGUUUUUGCAACUGAAGGCUAACACUAAUGUUUCUGUAGAAGGAUUUCUCAGGUUUGCAGCAACAGAAAAGUUCAACAGUUAAUAGAUGCAAUAAAAAUGACCUUUUAAAUCAACAUUAUUUCUGAACAAAACUGUCAAAUACCCAGUUAAGGAAUGAGAAUGUGACAGAAAAAAAGGACUUUCUCAGCAGAGCUGUUGAACUUGAUCAUCAUGUGGAGCUGUGCUGCUUUGACAAAGUCGAGCUGUGCUGAGUGUUGUGCCCAUAUCACUGUGUUUCAUAAACUGAGCGCUUCUGAAUCAGUCAGGCGAUAUUUGAUGUCAGUUGUCUGAUGAUGACUCAACACUUGAGCGUGUCUGUGGAGAAUGGUCCUGACCUUGGCUGGAAGAAUCUGUUCUGACUGUUUCCUAUUUUUAAUGGUACUUUUUAUUCCCUGUAUUUUUUUUCCUUUUUGCCGCUGAAAGCUGUGCAUCGAUGGAGACUAGUCAUAGUUGGUGACAUGAUGCACCACGUUUUAAAAAGACGAUUUAUCUUCGGUAGUGACAGGUGCAUGAAGCGACAUUUAGCCUUACAGUCUGCAGCCGGCUGUUUCAUUCAGGCAGGAUUAUUUUGACAACAGUGCUAAAUCUGGCAUAUCUGAGAGCUCUUGUUAUUCACUUUUUAGGUUGUGCAGAAGGUUAAUAAAACGUCUGUUGCAGUUCUUAUUCUCUCAUCUGCUUGAAAUUUGUGACAAUCUAAAUUGAAAGUAAUUUAAUGGUUUUGUUCAUACAUGUAAAUUCAUGUGACAUGUAGAGUAACUGACACGGGUGCACAGUCUUCAUAUUGCACUGUGAAUUAUGUAUUUGUGACACAACCUGGAGGCUGUUCAUAGUCCAAACAGGUUAAAGAUAUUGUACAAAGGAUGUAAAUAUGUAUAUUUGGAAUAUGUGUGAAGAUG